GCGGCAGAACAGAAGGCGGGGCAGUCAUGACGUCACAGCACGGAGCAGAUCACCACUGUCAGGUGCUCCGGUCUGAUGCAGGAGUUGAUCAGUUGCUGGAAGGCAGAUCGUCCAGGCUCAUAAUUUCUUGAAGAUCCGAACCAUAUCAAAAUGGCAGCUGAGGGUGACAAGUUGUGGGGUGGAAGAUUUGUUGGCAGCAUUGACCCCAUUAUGGAAAUGUUCAAUUCUUCUGUGUCAUAUGACCAGAGGAUGUGGUCAGCUGACAUCAGAGGAAGCCAAGCCUAUGUGAAAGCAUUGGAAAAAGCUGGACUUGUGAGCAAAUCCGAAAUGGAACAGAUUGUCACUGGCCUGGACCAGAUCCAUGAAGAAUGGUCUCAAGGCACUUUCGUACUGACGAAAGCGGAUGAAGAUAUACACACUGCUAAUGAGCGUCGACUCAAGGAACUUAUAGGAGAGCCUGCUGGAAAGCUUCAUACUGGACGAAGUAGAAAUGAUCAGGUGGUGACUGACAUGAGGUUAUGGCUGCGAGAUUCCUGCUCUGUCCUAAACCUUCACUUGACUCGUCUUAUACGUACUAUGGUGGACAGGGCAGCCAUAGAGGUUGAUAUAUUAUUUCCAGGCUAUACUCACAUGCAGAGAGCACAGCCUAUUCGAUGGAGUCACUGGAUAUUAAGCCAUGCAGUGGCAUUGUGUAGGGAUGCUGAGAGACUUGGGGAGAUAAAGAAGAGAAUCAAUGUUUUACCACUAGGAAGUGGAGCAAUAGCUGGGAAUCCCUUAGGUAUAGACAGAGAACUUCUUCGUAAAGAACUUAACUUCAACUCAGUGAGCCUGAAUAGCAUGGAUGCUACCAGCGAGCGGGACUUUAUAGCGGAAUUUCUUUUCUGGGCAUCUCUGUGCACGACUCACCUCAGCAAGAUGUCAGAGGAUCUUAUUAUUUACAGCACCAAGGAGUUCAGCUUUGUCACCCUUUCUGACUCUUACAGUACUGGGAGUAGUUUAAUGCCUCAGAAGAAGAACCCUGACAGUCUGGAGCUAAUCCGCAGCAAAGCCGGGCGUGUCUUUGGACGAUGCUCUGGUUUUCUGAUGACACUAAAAGGCCUUCCAAGCACAUACAACAAGGACCUACAGGAAGACAAGGAGGCCAUGUUUGAUGUUUAUGACACCAUAUGUGCUGUGCUUCAGGUGGCAUCCGGAGUGAUCUCCACAUUACAGAUAAACAAAGAGGCUAUGGAGAAAGCUCUGAGUCCAGAUAUGUUGGCUACGGACAUUGCUUAUUAUUUGGUCAGGAAAGGGAUGCCGUUCAGACAAGCGCAUGGCGUCUCUGGAAAAGUUGUCCAGCUAGCAGAAAGCAAGGGCAUCACUCUCAACAAACUCUCAAUAGAGGACUUAAAAAGCAUCAGUCCCCUCUUUGCCAGUGAUGUGUCCAAACUGUGGAACUACACUAACAGCGUGGAGCAGUACACAGCAGCAGGGGGGACAGCGAAGAGCUGUGUGGUUGCGCAGGUAGAACAUCUCAGAAACUGGAUGAAAAACCACCAGGACCAUUAAGAUCAUGAAUUGUCUGUGACAGGGUAUUAAUUGUAUAAAUUAAUUACAUAAUAUCAUAUGGGAGCAACGCUCUAUACAGUACUGGGACCAUCAGCAGAUGAAAUGAGUCUUUGUCUGCAGUGCUAAUACUAAUGUAAGCAGCAGCUAGUAUUCCACUGCCAGGUAUCUUCAAACCACUUCAGGCCAGAUCUUCCUUGUUACCGCCACCCAAAACUAUAGGAAUUUCUUUGGGCAACCAUGCUAAAAUAGAGCCUUACCUUUGCCUUCCUCUCCUGUGAAAUAUAUAAUCCGGCGCUCCAUCUGUUGUGAAACUACAACUCCCAGCAUGCUCCAUUAACUUCUGUGGGAGUUCUGAGAACAGCUGAGCAAGUCUUCAUUCUGGUUUACUAUUAAAAUGCUGGAGGUGUGCGACAUGUUUACUUCCCCUUAUGCCUUAUUCACACGUCAGUGUUCGGUCAGUGAUUUCCAUCAGUCAUUUUGCAUUGGAAAGAGUGAAAUCCAUUGUAUAAAUUGACAUGCUGCACCAGAGGUCAGUUUCAUGUGUGAAUGUGAAUUACUAAGAACUCCUUCACUUUGGUGGCACUGUAAGGCGCUGCAGAUUUGCAGCACGAAAAACAGUGAAAUCCACAACUAAUCCGGGACAUGUGAACCCAGCCUUAUGGUAACUGCACACAAUGUGGAUCACGUGCUGUUUUUCAGCGCG